GAUCAUAGGUCAAUUCACGUCUCUGAACUCUUCAAAACCCUAUUUUCUAUCUCCCUCCUUGGUCCCCAAUUCUCCCUCUCCCUCUCUCGCCCGCACCGAUCGUCCGUACGCCGGCCAGAGGGUGAUUCCGGCGAUGGACCCGCGGCGGAUCUCCCACGCCGCCGCCAUCAAGCCCAAGGUCCGGCAGGUCGGCUUCGUGCCCCGCAACGCCCCGCCGGAGCCGCCCGCCCGGUCCCAGUCCUACCCGGCGGAGCCCAGCUCCUCGCCCCCGCUCUCCAACUCCCCCGCCGGCAACUCCCUCUCCCCGGUCAUGAUCCCGCCGCCCCGGCACCUCUCCGACAACCUCCCCGCCUUCCGCACGCCGGCCGUUCCCGUGCCGGAGCCGGCGCGCCGGCGCGCGGGCCACUCGCCGGUCGUCGGGAGCUACGACCCGGCGGAGUCCCUCCUCGGCACCUCGUCGCCGGCCCCGUCGCCGCCGUCGAGCGGGAGGCUGAUCGGCGACGGGGAGUUCUCGGAGGAGUCGUGGCUGCGGCGGAGCAACUCGGCCAAGUUCGCGUCGAGCUUCCCCGGCGGGGGCUUCGAUUUGACCGCCGUGAAUGCGGUCUCCGCCGCUGAUCUCGCGUCCAAUGCGAAUGCGAAGAAGGCUGUUGCAUCCGAUGUGAAUGCGAAGAAGACGACCGAGAAGAGUGAGGGGAGUGCUCUGGAAGUGAAAAAUGAAGCAAUCCCUAGUUCAAAGUCGCUGAAGGCGAAAACUACAAAAUCUGAAAGGCGUGCCUUGCAGGAGUCUCAGCGAGCUGCAAAAGCUGCUGCAAAAGGUGAGGGAAAUAAGCCCACUGCUGCUGCAUCUGGCGGAGUCGCUUCUGUUAGGGCAUCAAAGCAGCCCACACAAAAGAAAGAUGCUGCUUCAGCUGCACUCUCUGUAGCAGCUUCUGAGAAGAAAGGAAGUGACCGUGCACCGGAGAAGGACAGGAAGAAAGAUGCCCCUGCUCCACGCAUGCAAUUUGAUGACAAGAGUCGGGUGGAAAAGGCUAAAAGGAGAGCUGUUGUCAAUCAAACCGAAGCUAGAAAUAGAGUUGAAUUGUUUAGACAUUUGCCUCAAUAUGAACAGGGAACACAGCUUCCUGAUCUCGAGUCAAAGUUUUUUCAACUCGAGCCUAUGCAUCCUGCUGUUUACAAGGUUGGGUUACAGUAUUUAGCAGGAGAUAUUUCAGGGGGCAAUGCUCGUUGUAUUUCAAUGCUGCAAGCUUUUCAAGAGGCCAUCAAAGACUAUGUAACGCCACCUGAAAAAAGUCUCAACAGAGAUUUGACAGCAAAAAUUAGCAGCUAUGUUUCGUUUUUUACUGAGUGCAGACCACUUUCAAUCAGCAUGGGAAAUGCAAUUAGAUUCAUAAAGAAUCGAAUUGCCAAGUUACCAUUAUCUAUUUCUGAAUCAGAAGCGAAGGCUUCCCUUUGCUCCGAUAUAGAUCGCUUUAUAAAUGAGAAGAUUAUAGUGGCUGACCAGGUAAUAGUCAGACACGCCACGACUAAGAUCAGAGAUGGGGAUGUUCUUCUUACAUAUGGUGCAUCAUGUGUUGUUGAGAUGAUUUUGUUGUACGCCCAUGAAAUUGGGAAACAGUUCCGUGUAGUGGUAAUUGAUUCGCGCCCCAAACUCGAGGGCCAAUCAUUACUACGUAGGCUGAUAGCCAAAGGGCUGAGUUGUACAUAUACACAUAUAAAUGCAGUUUCUUAUAUAAUGCAUGAAGUGACUGGAGUUUUCUUGGGGGCUUCCUCUGUAUUGUCUAAUGGUACUGUAUAUUCGAGGGUUGGAACUGCAAGUGUGGCAAUGGUUGCUAAUGCUUUCCGUGUUCCCGUUAUAAUAUGCUGCGAAGCAUAUAAAUUUCACGAAAGAGUGCAGCUGGAUUCAAUUUGCUUCAAUGAAUUGGGUGAUCCGGAUGCUGUUUUAGAGGUUCCUGGAAGAAUGGACGUGAAUUAUUUGGGUAACUUGCGGAAUAAGGAAAAUCUUCAAUCGCUGAAUCUCAUGUAUGAUGCUACUCCUUCAGAAUAUGUGUCCAUGAUUGUCACAGAUUAUGGCAUGAUUCCUCCAACAAGCGUGCCUGUGAUUGUCCGAGAAUAUCGGAGGGAGCAGUUAUGGAUAUAGACUUGUCAUUGGAGCAGUAAUUCCACAAUUUUGGCGCCCGAUAGGCUGGCUAAUGGGGAGAUCUCUUGCUUCCGUUUGGACACUCAAGCCGUGCACCAACAGAAAUAAGCGUGGCAUGUUUUGCUGACUCUAGUUUUUCGUUGUAGCUCUUAGUUUCUAAAUGAUGUUCCCUUUCUAGCUCAUCUUUUCUUUGUUUGGUAAAAGCUGAGCUGCACAUAUUUUACUUGUGCUUAUAUAUUGGAAGUAACGAUAAUGUCUUGUAAUUAAUUAGUCCAUUCUUUGUAAAUACUGAUGAUUUUGUUAAGCUUGUCAAAGAUCCAUCGGUUGGUCGAUUUUUGAUAUCA